AUGACCCAAGACAGUCAACCCGCCGACGGUCCUGCACAAUGCCACGCUAACAGUCAACCUCCGGAAAGUCUCGCACAACGGCACACUGAACAUGUUCAAGGUAACACUAACACACAGGACGCUCUAGUCGGUGCAGCAACGGGCCUCGCAUCCGAUGCCAACAAUUCGUCUUGGGCAGCAAGAAAUCCCAACAGGCCCAUCAUUGAACCACGUGUCCCACUCAAUCCUGCACAGAAAGCACGUGCAAACGCUCAACGAGCAUCUCGCAAAAUCUCCUCCCUGCAACGCAAAGAAUCCGAGGAGGCACUGCACAGUUCGAUUCGGCAGCUUCUGGCGGAGCAGGCACAGAGGAUGAACGAGAUUGCUCUGGAGCAUGGCGUCUCUGUGGAGAAGGUGAAGAAGCUGAUGGGAGGCACUAAGCACUAUACAGCGAGUCGAAGUGCACAACUGGAGAAUGCGCUUAUGCACGCCAAAGCCGAGGAAGUAAAUAGAGAUCUACCGCGGGGCGCCAAAUAUACUCCUGGAGAGAUCCGUCAGAUGGUGAAGGACGAUAGGAACAUGCAAGAUCUGACAGAAGAGGAAAAAAAGGAGCUCGUUGACAAGCUCAAUGAGCAUCGAGCCCUGCGCAACAUGAGCGUGCGUGCCACAAAUACGGCGGCUAUGCGUGAUGUUCAGUCGACUUUAGACACCAUCUUUAAAAUGCUUGACGGUCUUGCUGUAAGAACCGGGAUAUAUGCUUGCCUAUUCGCCUCUCGUGGUCACGUUUACGACACCGCACAGGCCACAUGGUUUGGGACCGACAACAUUAUGGAUUUCUGGGAGGACGUGCUGCAAGUGGAGGCCGAUGAAAUCACACGGAAGCUGGAGCAAUGGGCAUGCAUGAUAGGUCGAAACAUUGACGAACGCGAAACAGUGCAGAACAUGCAGCGCGUCUGUACUCGCCUCCUCAACUCAGGACUUAGGACUAUAGCCAAGAGACGCGACAUCCGUAUCAACUACGCAAAUUUCGAUACCGCGAUAAAGGAGAAGUUAUCGAUCGAUAUAAAGGGCUGGCCCGAAGGCGUUGUUUUCCAAUCCCCCACCAGUGUGAACGAUCUCCAUGCUCUUCUCAAGCUUCGAGGUGCGCUGAAGGAUGGCUCCUGCCACUGGUUCCGCAUGACUCCCCGUCAGCGUGACGAGUUCCAUGCUCUACUGGAUGCACGCCAUAAGAGGGGAGAAAAGGUUGGCAAACAACGCAAGAAGCGUGCUGACGCCGGGGUGCCUCGCAAACGGAAGGGGAAGGAGAAUGCCCCUCCUAGAAAGCGGGCGCGAGCACCGGGGUCAUCGGCACAGGCUCCAAAGAGCGCCGAAUUUAUUGACUCGUCCGAGGAGGAGGAGAGCAGCGAGGACGAAGUUUAA